AUGCGCCGGAGAGACAGAGGUCCUGGAAGUGACCAUAGCCGCCCUGGCUCUGCUCAUUGUGCCCAGGUCUCCUCGUCCUCCAGCCACCUCAUUAACCACGGCAUCGAGAACCGCACGAUAUCCCGCUACGAGACCACGGCCGUGUACACCCACCCGAACGCUGAGGUGGACAUCGUCCUCGUCCACGGACUCAACGGAAGCCCCGAGAAGACAUGGACGGCUAGCAACGGCAUAUUCUGGCCGCUUGACCUCCUCCCCGGGUCGCUCAAGGGUCUCCAGGCCAACGUCCUCGUGUACGGCUACAACGCCGACGUCUAUUCGGGGCGAAUCGACCGGAGCGCGAGCGACAACUUCAUACACCAGCACGCCCAGACCCUCGUGACCAGUCUCACCCUCUUCCGCCGAGGCGAGGGCACGUUCAAGAAUCCCAUCGUCUGGGUCUGCCACAGCCUGGGCGGCAUUCUCGUCAAGCGGGCUUUGCUGUACUCCAACGACGUUUUGCACCACCACCAGAUCUACCGCUCGCUCUACGUCUCGACCUUUGGGCUCAUAUUCCUCGGCACACCCCACGCCGGCGCGGACGUAGCUUCGUGGGGGCUCAUGCUACAAGCCAUGUCCGACGUUGUCAUCCCCCGCCGCUUCUUCGAAUCGGAGUCGGUUCUGCUCAGAACCCUAAAGAAAGACAGCGAGACGUUGGCGAACAUUAACAACCACUUCCUAGACAUCUACCAGCGGUUCAGGAUCCAUAUGGUCCACGAGAACCAUAAGACCGACAUCAAAGGCACAAAGAUCAUCGUGGUGGACGCAGAUUCUGCAAGCCCUCAGUUGCCGGGUGUCACCUAUUAUGGCGUGGAGGCGACACACUCUCAGCUUUGUAAGUUCGCUAGCCCCAGCGCCCCGGGGUUCAGAGCCCUGUCAACAGAUAUCCGGGAAUGGAUUAUCGAAGCGCCCGCUGUGAUCCAUGGGCGCUGGAAGGCCGAGGAGGAAGAUGCCAAUAGACGAAUGAGAAACGAGAUUCAGGAGCAUAUUUUCCCGUUGGUUACGGAGACAGACGUACAUCGUGAAGACGUGCCAACGGCUGCCAUGCCUCGAUAUCAAGGCAGACUCAUUGCUCCACGCGGCAAAGAUACUGCCAGAUGGUGGGUGUUCCUGCAGGAGGCUGACGGAGUACAUGGUUUCAAUGCUGAUUGA